AUGCUGGCCCAAAUCUCGCUCCAGAGAGCUCGAGGCGGCGUACACAUUCUCUGUGAAGCGCCGCAUGAGAAGACAGCACAGCUAAGGAUCUCGCGUCGGGCACGCAGCGGCCGCGGCCGCACGGCAAAACGCUGCCGCGGAGACUUCAACGAUGUCGGGCGCUGUGGCUGCCUUCGCCGGAAGUCAGCGAAGCACGAGGCAGAGGCGACGACGAAAGCCUCUGCCUUGCUUCUCGGCGUGGGGAGCGAGCUCCAGAAGGCGAGGGAGCAGAGGAGAGAGGAAGGAAAAGAGCGGGCGCGAGGCGCGAUGACUGGCGCGAGCGAGCCCGCCCGCGAGGGGCCCUGCCGCAGCGGGCGUGAUUCAAAUGCGCUGUCUCACGCGGGACACUCCUCUUCAUCUUCCUCCUUCUCUGCAUCCCACCCUCUCCCCUCUGUUUCUCUCUCUUCGUUUUCCGCGUUUCGCGCCUCGUCCGCUGCUUCUUCUGCUGCUCGCUCUUCGUCCUCGGUUUCGCCGUUUUCCUCUUCUUCUCUCUCGUCCUCUUCUGUCUCUCCACCUCCGCUUUUUCCAGCGCCUCCUGCUUCUCCGUUUCUCUCUUCGUUCUCCCCCGCGGUCCCUGGUGGCCUUCGCGCCGGCCGCGCAGCUCGGCUGCCUCCCGGCGCGCGUACCGACGCGUCCGCGGCUGCGCAGACUGCUCCGACCGAGCCGCGCGCAUCCUCCUCUCUGGCUGCGUACUUGGAGGCGCGCGCGAAGCCCCGCGUCGCUCUUCAGCCCUUCGCCAGCGCGCCUGGGACCUCAGAGGCCGUCGGCCGGCAGGCGAGUCCGCGCAUGUCGGUUUUUCCGGGGCGACGUGAUGAGGAGACUAGACAGGCGAUUGUGCCCUCCGUGGCGGCCUCCGCCGAACCUGUUCCCUGCGAGACGCCUGCGCCCAGGAGUCGUGCCGCUUCCCCGUCCUCCGCGGCCUCGAGGUCGUCGCUGCCCUUCGUCCCGCGCGCUCUCCCGCAAGGUCCUGCCUCCUGCGGCGGUCUCGCAGGCGCCUUUACCGUCCCCCUUCGGCGUCGCGGCUCCGCGGCAUUGUCCGCCCCUCGCGCCGCGUGCGUAGGGGAGACUCGCGCCUCGCCUUCGAGUUCGUUUGCGGCCUUGGCGUCGAAACCUGCCGCUGCUUCGUCUGCUGCGCACCCCCCAGGCCAUGUGCCGCCGCCUGCGCUGGGAGAGUCGCCUUUGCCUUCGCCGUCGUCGCGCACGCCCUCCGCUUCCUCCGCUUCGUCUCGGACUCUGCGCGCGGGACCUGCCUUCGCGUCGACUUCUGUGUCGAUGCCCCCGUCUUCGCCGCCUCCGCAGCCCUCGCCUUCUUCUCCCUCUCCGCAUCUUUCGCUCGCGAGCGUUCUCCCCUUCCCGCCUCUAGUCGCUGCGUACCGAGCGACGCGCGGCAUCGCCGAACUCUUUCCCUGGCAGUUUGACUGUCUCUCCGUGACUCGCCCCGCAAGCCCCAGCGAGCCGCUUGGCCAGGCGCCAGGAGACUCGCCUCUGAACCGCGAGCCUCAGGCUCCAGGGCAGGCGGAGGCGCAGCGACCAGCAGCCGGCGAGCCCAGGGAAAGUCGUCACGAGGAAGGCCGUGGCUCUCAACUUCCGCAGAAGUUGGCGGCUGCAGCGAGCCCGCAGCUGAGGGAGGAGGCGCCGCGAGGAGGGGCGGGGUGUCUCCGGUCUGCGAUGCCGCCACGGGGCGACGGCCGCGCCUCGGCAGAGUCCGCGUCGAGGCGGGUCGAGGCCGGGGAGGGCGCCCGCGUUCUCGACGGCAGUUUGAAUCUCCUCUACUCCGCGCCGACGUCUGCAGGCAAGACGCUGGUGGCGGAGAUCCUUGUCUUUCGGCACGUGCUGGGGCUCCUCGGAGAGCCUCUGCGGCUCGCGAAGCCUCAAACAGACACCCUGGCUGCCCCUGUCCCCGAGGCCGCGGGCCCCUGUCGCCCGACCCGCCGCGGAGAAGCUCUGCAGCAGGCGGAGGGAGUCUGGGGGCGCCCGCGCGAGCCGACACGCGCCUCUGUGCGCGCGGAGGCAUGCGCCGCGCCACCGCGUCGCGCGUGUUUGAUUGUCCUGCCGUUCGUCGCGCUCGUGGAGGAGCAGCUGCGGAAGCUUCAGGCGCUGGUCGCCUUCAUCUCCGCGGGCGGCGGCGCGGCUCCGGCGGGCGGACCUCUGGCGCCGUCCGCGACACCUCAGCAGGCCCUGAAGGUCGUCGCGCUGCACCACGCGAGCCCGACUCCGCUUUCUGAGGAGUUCGAUAUCGCGUUGUGCACCGUGGAGAAGGCCAACGCGCUGAUUCAAGCAGCUCUGGAGGCGGGCGCGCUCGCGGAGAAGAUCGGCUUAGUCGUCGUCGACGAGCUGCACAUGGUUGGUGACGCGCAGCGCGGCUUCCUGCUCGAAGUCUUCCUCUCUAAGCUCCUCUGCUUCAACUGCGCACGGCGCAAUCAAGCGAGACUCCGCGCCGGGGCCGCGGCGGUCUCGCCCCGCUUCUGGCCUGUCCAGAUCGUCGGCAUGUCUGCCACGCUGGGUAACCUCGACGAGGUCGCCUUCUGGCUUGGUGGCGCCUCGUUCGUCUCUGCGCAUCGUCCCCUCCCUCUCAAGGAACUCUACUUCUGCUGGGAUCGCGCCGACCGGCGCCCAGUCAUGCACCGGAAACCCCCCGCACUUUCAGCAGAGCCCUCGGCGCCCGCCGCGUCGCCCUCGCCUUCCUCCAGUGUCUCUUCUUCGUCUCCCGCGAGCUCGCCGCCGCCCGCGGUCGCGCCUUGGCCGACUGCGCCGUUCCCCGCAGCCGCAGCGGCUCGCGCUGCCUCCACCAGCACCGCCAGUCGCCUCGAGGCUGCGUCUGCGUCGCGGCUGGGAGUACGCGGCAGGCCCGUUGCGGCCGCCGUCCCGCCGGCGCACGAGGACGCGCUUCUCGCGCUCGCCCUCCAGCGCGUGCGGCGGAACUUCAGCGUGUUGAUUUUUUGUUCCACGAAGCUGCUCUGCGAAAGAGUCGCCGCGAGCCUCGCGCCGCGACUCGAAACCCACAUCGCCGCGUCCUACUUCCCGCCCGCGCCCUCUGCCGCCCGGCUGUCUCCGCCGGUCGCUGCGCCCCCCGCAGACGCCGUCGCGCGGGCUCGAGCGCAGCGCCUGGAUUUUCUCUCGCGUCUGUCGGCUCGCGAAGGCGGCGCGUCGUCUCUGUCGCCCGGUCUGACGUCCUGCUUCCUCGCCGGCGUCGCCUUCCACCACUCCGGGCUGUCCGCCUUCGAGCGGAGCUCCGUCGAACGCGCCUACCGCGAAGGCCUUCUCCUGCUCCUCUGCGCGACCUCCACGCUCGCGGCCGGCGUCAACCUGCCUGCGAAGCGCGUCAUCUUCUUUUCUCCGUAUAUAAGCCGUGCCUUCCUCUCUCCGGGCGAGUACCAGCAGAUGGCCGGGCGCGCCGGGCGCGUGGGCGUGGUUGGGCGCGGGCAGAGAACGGCGGCGGCCGCGCGCAGGCGCCACGAGGCCGCGCGGGGGGUUCCAGGGCAGGGCGGAGGCGCGUCUCCUGAGGCCGAACGGCGCCGCGAAGCCGCGGAGGAAGCGCAGGCGAGCGACGAGAUGGAAGACGAGGAACUCGCAGAGGAAGCCUCCGACGAAGAAGAAGGCGGAGAAGCGAUUGUCCUCUGUCGGGAGGCUGAAGAGGAGAAAGUGAAGCAGGUCAUGUCCGCCGGCUUGCCUGUUCUGCGCAGCCCGCUUGCGGGCGAGUCGCACGGGCUGCAGCGGCUUCUUCUCGAGGCCCUCGCGUGCGGCGGCGAGGCGCGGCUGGACGGCUUGAAACCCGAAGGCGGCGCUUUGCGAGACGCCUCGGCAGCAGGCGGCGAGACCGUGAGCGAGGCACGCGGGGGCGGCAAGCGGCCGCGGCCAGGUCCGCGCGCGGCGACUGGAGACGAGAAGGACGGCAUCGAACCCCGAGAAACCCUCGCUCGCGAGUGGUUUGGGGGGACUUGCUGGGAGCUGGUCCAAGUCGCGUCCUGCACGCUGUUGAUGAUUCAGAGGCACCGAGACGCUGCAAGUCAAGCCUUAGGCGCAGACGCAGCAGCACACGGUUCACUCUUUUCGUAUGCGCCGUCUCCUCCGCCCAUUUCGCCCUCUCUGUCCGCGCCUCCCCGCGCGGCCGCCGAGGAGGCUCCGAUCUCACCCUCUGGCGCGUCAUCUCGGGCUCCUGCGCGGGCUCCCGGGGCUCGCCGUGGGUCUCACGCCGCGCCUCCAAGAGACUGGCUGCAGGCUUCACCGGUUUAUCAGGACGUACGGGCGGCGAUGGGCUUUCUCCUCCGCAGAGGCCUCGCGCGGUUUUCGCCUCUGCGCGACGCGUACGAGGCGACGCCGAGGGGCCGCGCGAUCGCGGCGAGUCAACUCUCGCCGCAGGAAGGCUUUCUCACCUGCGCGCUUCUUGAUCUCCUUCUCGACCGUCUCAUUCUUUCCAGCGACCUUCAUCUUGCGUAUCUCUCUGUCCCGUUGCCUCUCCCCGCCGCGCCGCCCUCCUCGCUGACGUUUUCCGUGUCUUUGCCUUCGUCCUCGGCCUCUUUUCGCGCGAGCGGCGGGGGCGUCGGCGCGCCCAGCCCGAGUGAAAAAGAAGCGAAAUCGAGAGUAACAGACGGACGGCCUCGGGAUGCGGCCUGUGCAGACAUCCGGCGGGGGUCGGACGCGCCGGACGCGCCCAAGGAGGACGACGAAGAGGUCUCCGCGACCGAGCGAGAUGAAGACGCGGAGGCCCUCGAGAGAAAACGUGAAGCGCUGGAGCGCCGACAGCGCGAGGAGAAGACUUGGCGCGAUGUGGAGCGCCUGAUGCGGCUUAGACGCGAAGCGGAAGAAGAAAAGGCGUUUGCCUUAGCCCGUGAAGAAGUGCAGAAGCUGCAGAGAGUCCUCAAACAGUUCUCCCCUGCGGAGAGCUUCGCGCUUUUGCAGCUCGGGCUCUCCGAAGCCGACGUCGAAAGCCUCGACGCGCCGGGCUUCCUGCCAAAGAAUCAAACGCCCUCCACUCGCCUGGCACUCUUUUCGUCUCCACAGGCCGCUCAGGUGUCUCUGCCGCCUGCGCCUCCGCCCGCGACUCCCCACUCUCCACGCAACAUCACUGUGUCUCUGGCGUCAUCCCGCACCUCUGCUGCGCUGCGUGCGUCUGCCUCUUCUCUCGGCGCUCUGCGCCGGCGGCGGGUGUUUGUAGUGUGGCGCGUUCGCCAAGCUGUCGCGCUGUGCCUGCUGCUUCAGGGCCUGGAGCCCAAGGCGGUCGCGGCGGCGCUCGCGGUCUCCGGCGGCGUCUCCGCGGUCGCGCUUCUGCACCAGCAGGCGACGCUGAAGGCCACGAUGACGGCGGUGCUCUGCGGGCGUCUCGGGCUCUGGCCUCUUGCCGAAUGCAUGCGAAACUUCCAGACGCGCAUCGAGCAGAGCGGCCUAAGUCGGCAGCUGUCCCCGCUGCUGCGCCUGCCAGGAGUGACUGCGCCUCUCGCGCGGCUGCUGCAUGAGCAGCUCGGUGUAUGUACGCCGCAGCAGCUGCUGGCUGUCGGCGCGCUCCGCGUGACGAAAGUCUUGCGAAGGAGAUUAAAAUUGAGUCUCGGCGGUCGGCCGCGUCGGACCCAGGCGCUUCAGAGGGUGGAGGCUGCGCGCGAGGAAGCUGCGAAGUCGAGGGCCGCGCCGCUGCCUGGGUCCUUUUCUGCCGCCGCGGCAACUGCCUCUGGAGCCUCCUGCUCCUCUGCUGACUCGUCUGCUUCCUCGCCUUCCUCCGCAGCCCUCGUUCUAUUCUUCCAAGCAGAUCGCGCGGCUGCGGAGGUGACUUCGGAGUUGUUUCUGGCCGCGCGCCACCACCUCCUGGCUGAGGCUCGCGCGGCGCGGCGGAAGACGGCGUCGCUCCUCCUCCCGUCGCCCUCGCCAGACGGCGAGACGGUCGGUCUGUCUACCUCUCGCUCGCGCCCUGCCUCCUCUUCGCGGGCCGCGACGUCGACUGCAUCGGCGUCUGUCUCCUCUUUUUCCUUCGCCCUCGCGCCUGCGCAGUCUUCUCAGCCUUCUUCGCGGGAAUCUGAGAACAUCGUCUUUCCGCCCUCCGUUUCCGCCUCCUCCGCAGCCGCAGAUGCGGUUCGGCCUGCGGACGCGCGACCCGCCAGCGCUCCGCAGCGCCCGGAGGAGGCUGCCGCUUACCUUUCUCUGUCUUUUUCGCGUCCUUCAGGAGCCGCCGCUCGCAGCUUUUACACUUCCGCUGGCUGCUCUUCACUUCCCUCUUCUCCGCUUCAGUCUCCGGCGGCCGAUUCCUCCGCCUCUCUUUCUGCAGACGAGGCGUCGCGCCAGUCGGCGGGGUCGCCUUCCUCUCACGCGCCGUCAUCGCCUCGUGUCGCGUCUCUGUCGCUCGCAGCGUCGUCUCUGCCUUCCUCUCUGCGCUCCGCCUCUUCACCAGUUUGUCUCCCGCUCCCUGUCGAGUCGGGUGUUCCCUCUUCUGUCCACGUAGCGUCAUCGCGGGGCGACUCCGUCUCUCGUGCGCCUUCAACUGCUCGCUCUGCUGCCUCCUCUUCCUCUUCCCUCUCUGGUCCUUUUGCCCCGUUUUCAGCCGCUCCUGGCCGCCCGCCUGCGUCUUUCCUCUCUUCUUCUUCGCGCCCGUCGACAGACGCAGGGGGCGCUGCAGCGCUUCGCAAAGACUUAGACGGCGGUAGUGCACGAGGCGAGGAAAGGUUUGCGUUGAAAAACUCCGAGCCUGCGUCUCCUCUGCGCGGCAGAGAACCCGAAGAAGGCCUCCCCGCGCUCCGCGGCCGCAAGCCUGAAAAGCUUGGAAAGCUCGAAACUCCUGCAGAAACCCGCGCGGCUUGCGGUCUCAGUCAGACCAAGAAAGAAAUCCAUGCAGCUGCUUCAGUCCGUGCGGAGGCCGGCGAGUCGCGACCAGCGGUGGACGAUGAGGACAUCCUGGAUGCAUACACCGACGAAAACGAGGAGGCGGCCGCGGUGCAUCAGCCAACGCGCGAGGCUCUUCGGCGAACAAGCGAGCCGGGGAGGACCUCACACGCCGCAAAGUCAACCGAGACGCCUCAGCGGGGUUCUCCUGCACUCGCUUCGGGUAGCGAAGGCGGCAUGCUUGAGAAAGAAGAAGAGGAAAGCGACCUGGAAGCGGGCGGUGCCGGCGUCUGGACUCGGACGGUCCGCGAGGCAGGCGACGCCGACGCGAAUCUGGGCGCUUUCGCAGAAGCUUCGAGGUGGCGGUACAGCCCAGUAGCACGUGAGCGAGGGACAGAGGCCGCACGUGCGCGGCAGCGCCUUGGCGAAGUCAGGCAAACGCCUCCAGUCUCCGCCACGCCCUUGGAAGCAUCACGCCACAUCGAGGGAGCCAGACACUGGCGCAAGCGAGGCCGCGAGGAGGCGGAGGCAGCGGGGAGAGCGGAGGCGAGAAGCGAGAACGAAAAUGGAAAGCAGUUGACGCGCGAGGCGCUUUCUCUGGCGCUGUGCUCCCUCGAGGCGCUUAAGCGCAUCGCAGCCCACUGGAGUGCUGCGGCUGAGGCGCGAGGAAGACGAGAGAGAGGAGGGGGCGGCGGAGCACCCCGAGGCGACGCGGCGGAAGGACGCUGCAGAGACAGCCCACCAGAAACAGACAGGCGUGCGGAGGGCAACGCGAACGCAGGCAGCGGCACAGAAGAGGGGCGGCGAGGAGACACUCAGCGGCGGUCAUUCGCUGCACAGGCUGGCGAGCCUCGGCGAGGAGACGUUAAAAAGGGGGGAGGGAUGCGAGAAGCGUUUCUGCCGCUUCCAACGUCUCCCGAGACGCGCGCCGAAGGCCCUCGCGCCGCAUUUCUGCGACGGGCGCAGGCAGCCCUUGCAGAGGGGCGAGUCUUUGCGGUGCUUGACGGCGAGGAAGCGCUCGGGGACGGAGAGGCAGAGGCGAAGACAGAGGCUUUCUCUCGAGGCGAUGCAUCUCAUCCGCUGCCCGGUUUUUGUAUUCCAGAGGAGCUGCUUCUGCCCCGCCUCGUCUGUCGAGCGGGACACAUCCGAGAGUCCUCGCAUGCCGAAGACCGCCACACACAAGGUGCAUUCUCGCCUGUCUCUCCAUCUCUUUCUUCUGCUGUUCACUCUUUUUCUUCCGUCCACUCUUGUUAUCCAUCGGAUGGCGCUUCCCGGACUCUUUUUCGGGCGUCUGUCUCCGCGUCUGGCUGCCCUCCAGCCGCGGGCCUUUCGCCGGAGGGCUUGCUCAGCCUCCUCGCGCGAAGUCCCUUCGUGGCGACCACAGUCGUCCGCGAGCGCAGAAGGAGACGCGCUGAACUGCCGCGAGUUCUCGCGCCGCGCUCGCCGGAGGCGCUGCGCCGUCUACUGGGCGCAUCGGCCCUCUCAUCCCGUCCUCCUCGCUGCGCUGCCUCUGCCUGCGCGUCUUCCACAGCCGCAGGCUGCAGCGGCGACGCGGCGUGCGGCGCGAGCGAAGAGGGUGAAAGGCGGGGAGGAGGCGGCGGAGGCGCUUGCCGCGACAGAAAUCAAGAAGACGAGGAACUCGAUUCUCUGGGAUUCUCUCAGGUGGUCGCGCCGAGCCGCGAGGCAGACGUUUGCUGUUCAGAAUCGACUGCGGGCUACGAAAGCGCACCGGUGGCUGUCUGUGUGACGUCUCCGCUCUUUGGAACGUUUGUCUUUCCGCUCUGCCUUGCCUCCUCGUCUGCGCGUGUGGACGCCUCGUCGUCGUGUGCCGCGCCGCCGUCCCCAUCCUCGCGGUUUCGGCUGCCGCCGCGGCGAGUGCCGGGCAUCCUCGCCGCCGACCGCCACGAGUGGAUCGACUUCUGCGAGACCCUCGCGGGAGCGGCGCGCGGCGGCGAGGCUCGGGACGCGGACGCCAACUGCGAAGGAGAGGAAACGGCCGAGGAGCGACGCGACGCCUCCGCGUGCGGCUCCGAAAUCGCGAGGCUUCGAGGAGGGCGGAGCGCCUGCAAGCGAGAAGGAAGCGGCAUCUCGUUCGUCACCUUCUUCCGUCGCGCGCCGUUCGUUCUCGAUGCGACGCUGCCGCAUCUUAUGCUUGCGCGGCGCGCGCCGGCGCAGGCCAUUCAGCGCGCGCGAACCGAACUCGCAGCGCUGAGGAAGGCGGAGGGCGCGGCGGGAGACGCCGAGGAGACAGAGGUCGCGGAGGGCGCGGCGGGAGACGCCGAGGAGACAGAGGCCGCGGUGCUCAGUCUGUGGAGCACCAAAGUCCUCGUCAGCGCGAGGGCAUGCAGCGGUUCCGUCCCAAGACACGCGAGGGAACUCGAGGCCUUCGACGCCUGGCGCAGGCGCAGCCAGCCCGCGGCGCAGGCGCUGGCGCAGACUCUGCUGCAGCAGCGGGUGGACCGAGAAGACGAGCGGCAGGAUAGGCGAAAGACAAAACAGCUAGGGAAGUCGAUUCUCGCCGCAGUCGAGGGCAACUGGCGGCGGAUCUGCGCGUGUGCGGUCCUCAACGGCGAACUUCAGCGGCACGGCCUGCUUGAGGUGUACGUACACCUCGAGACUCCGCUGGCGCGUGCAGUCAGCGGCAUGAGGCGCCGGGGCUUGCCGAUCAGUGCAGCCUUCCUCGCCGGCAAAGCGGAUCAUUUUCAGCGUCUCCUUCGCACUCUGCAGCUGCAGAUCUGCCGCCUGUCGAGAAAGUCUGCAGACCUCCUGGAUGAGGAGACUCUCAUCAGCCUCCUUCUCCACGCGCAGCAGUCGUCCCACGCGCCGCUGGCUCCCGCGUCCUCUCCCCUCCUACUAAGUCUCGCCUUUCCGCACCUUCCCCCUGCCUCCGUGUAUCCGUCGAUGCGCGUCGCAGAGCCCUUCCGCCGCGACGGCACCAGAGGGGGCGUGUCGCGUAGCGUGUCGAGUAGAUACGCGAACGAACCCCCAAACGGCGGCGUCGCAAGCGGAGCGCCGCAAGACGAAGAAGCUGCACAAGCGGGAAACGAGGACGAGGCAUCUCCAAGUGCAGGCGCAGCUCGAGGGCCUGCGGCCGCGCGGCGGGGGGACGACCUUGAAAGCUCGCGCGCGGAGAUGCCGAAAAUGGACGCCGAGUACGGACCGGAGGCGCUCUUGCCCUCCGUGGGCGAGAGGCUGUCGAACGAGCUGGCGGCGCUUGUGACGAGUGUUUUGAGAGAGAGGCGGAUGCUGUCCGCCGCCGUCGCUCCCUCCACCUCUCUUGCGGGGGUCUCGCUGCAGUCUCCUUUUGAUGCGUUCGAACCCGAAGACGCCGACGACCUCCUCGGCAUGCUGCUACGUCGCCUCGACCCCUUCUCCCCGCUCGCCGUGUAUCUCCUCGCGUACUUUCGAGUGUAUCUACACUAUGAGGCCGUUCGUAGUCUCCUCGCGGACUGCCGCCGGAGUCUCACGCCUCUGAUUCUGCAUGGUCCUUCUUCGCCUUCUGCGCCCUCGCCGCCCUCCCCGCCGCGCGGGUCGCUGAGGGAAUCUGCGUUUGCUCUUUGCGCCGGCGCGGAGCCUCGAGAGGGUCGUGCCUCGCAGAAGGCAGAGGAUAUGGAGGCGCCCGUCCAGCGAGCGGGCGAUCUCAAAUGCAAAAUUCUAGACUGGAGACUCCCUGUGCAUAUCCACGAGUGGAGUCACGCGACGGGGCGGCUCCUGCCUGAGCAUCCUCAGCCUCUCCGCCGGCUCCAGUCUCUUCUGCCGUCCUCUCCUCUCUUCUCGUCUUCUUCCUCUAUUUCUUCUGCUUCUUCUUGUCUUUCUUCUUCGCGCUGUGAGCAGACAUUCCAGUUCUUUUGUUUGCCGCGCGAAAGAACUCUGCAGGAAGACUUCGAGAUGCUCCUUCGUGCCGCCUGGGCUGCGCGCCAGAGAACGCUCGUGGAGCUUUCGGGUCGCGGCGCCUCUGAGCUCGUUGCGUGCGGCCGUCGGCUCCUUCCGUUCCUUCUUGCCUCUGCCGGCGGGCAUUCGAGCCGCGAGUCCCGUGCGGCGUCUCCAGAUCGACGCACGCCUUCCCCUCUGCUUCCUCCGCCAUCGCUGCCUUCUCCGCCUUCUUGCUCUUCGCUACCUUCUCGUUCCGAGGCGCGCUCACCCUCGCUCGGGGCUGCGGGCACUCGCGUGUCGUCGGCUCUCUGCGAGGCCUCGCCGCGACGUUCGCCUCCCGCGCCUUUCCUGCCUUGCCCGCAGGCGUCUCCCGACACGGCGAAGCGCCUCUGCGGCGCCAUGGCUGCGACUGCCGCAGAGUUGCAGGCCGUGUGCGACGCCGCAGGCCGUCUGAGGGCGCAGGGAGCGAGAGGGAGCGGCGGCGCCAGUUGCAGCUGCGAGACAGCCGCUGUCCGGGCGCAGGCGGAGGCAGGGCCCGAGGCGCGCCGGGAGGUCGAGGACGCCCCGGGGCUCUCUUCCUUCGAGGAAAGCGAGACAGAAAGGCCACAGCCUGCUGAUCGGUCGCUCAGCGGCAGCCUCGCGAUCCAGUCUGCGUGGGUCGAUCCUCACCUGGCUUUUCCGCUUCUCCAGGCCUCUCAGCGCCAGAGCGCCUGCCCGCCUCCGCAGGCAGCCGCGCGCCCGGCGGGCGUCCAACUGCCUCCUCACGUCGCACGUCAUGGUCGCGCAAUAAUUCACGCCGCCUGCGGCCUCCGCGAUGAGGCGUCAGGGCAACGGGAGGCGGAACGACGCGCGAUCAAACCCGACAAAGACGCGUCGCGCUGUGGCGCAUCCUCGCUGGCGCACGCCGGCGAACACCCACGACUGAGCUCUCUUCGCUCUCCGCGUCUCUCACUGGGGGUCACGCCUGAUGAGAUCGGCGUCGCAGAAGAAGCGGCGACGCGGGCGGCGGCGGACGCGGAUCUUGAGGAGGCGUGUGAGGCCGGCGACGCCUGGAGUGAAGCCGCAGGACGCGCGGACGUCUUCAGCUUUGUUGGGAUUCCUCUGCUAGGCCCUGAGCGGCAACCCUUCAAGGUGUACGUACACCCGGGGCCCCCACUCCGGCCGUGGCGCGCACUCAGGUCCCGCCUCUCCUCCUCAUUUCUCAGGCCGCGGCGAUCCUCUUUCGACGCCAGCGUGCGAGAAGACCAGAAUGACGAGCGCCUGACAGUGGUGCCAGCCGCAUCGUCGACAGGCGGCCUCAGCGCCGAGGCUGCAGAGAGCGAACGCGAGGAGCGAGACUUGGCGGGCAGCAAAAUGGCUCCAGACGAGGACGACGCCGACGCCCUCGGAGUGCGUGAGCGCUGCGGUGCAUCUCCGCUGAGAGAGGCAUCAUGGGGCGAGGCGAUACUCCUCUCUCUCUCUCCCGCGAACCCUGAGCACGCCCACGCCCACGCCCGCGCCCGCCGCCUUGUCGCGGCAUGUCUCGCUCUUCUCCGCCUCGUCGGCGACUCUACGACUGCGCCUGGAUGCUGGGAAGCUGUGGCGAGCGAGAGCGUGCGGGCGACAGAGGCUGCACUUCAGCAAGAGAGCGCAAAGGAACUCGACAGCGGCGCGGGGACUCUCUGCGCGGCCUCCGCAGUCCUACGUCGCACCGGCGCGAGGGAGAGAGACUCGGCGGCGGAGGCUCGCGGACGAGAGGAAACCUGGGCGUCCGGAGGUCAAGGCGGCGAGCUCGUCGCGCGAGUCGUUUUCUUUGAGGAUCUCCUCGCCCUUCAAGCGCGGCUGCGCGGAUACGAGGCCGCAGGCAACCCGCAGCGCGUCAUGAGGCUCUGGAGCGCCCGCUGCAUCUACGCCGUCCCCACCUCGCGUUUGUCGAGGCUCGAUGCGCCGCUGGUUAUUUUUCCUCAGAAAAAGGCUGGACAAACGCGUGUAAAUCAACACAGCGAAGCAGACGCCGAUCGCGAAGGCGCCAGAGGUUCCUCAGCAGAACACGGGUUGGAUCUGAGAGAUAUUGUGGUCGCCGCGGAAGGGCGACUCCUGAUGGCGGUGGAAAUUGAGCAUCUGCAGCUGCUUCUCUUUGCGUAUCUCUCGCAGUACGAGCCGCUUCAGCGUCUCAUCGCGGCGCUCAUUCGCGGGAGCGCCUCGUCGCUCACCUCCCGGUCUCCUGCCCACUGUCGCUCUUCCGCGGCUUCGCGUUUUUGCAACUCUUCCCCUACCUCUUUUUCGUCCACACCUCUCGCUUCUUCCGCUCGAGUUGGCGAGCGGAAGAUGAAAACCGACGCCUGGCGGCGACUCGCCUCCCUCCUGCGUGCGCUUCUCAAUGGGAGGCCCGCGGCGCCGCAUCGGCUUAUAUUCGGGCACGGACGCCCCGAGGAGGGGGGCUGCCCCAAAGCACAGAGCGAACAGGAGGCGCGCGUGGCGCACCCCGCAGGGCCUGCAGACGGAGAAGAAGGUGGUGAGGACGUCAGCGACGAGGAUCUCACAGCGCUUCUCGCGCACGCCCUACGUCACUUUCCAUCCGUGACGUCUCCUUCGCUUCGACGCGAGGAGAAUCGCGGCUCGGCUUUCGAGUCGGACGCGGGCUCGCUCGCGCGUCUGCCGUCGCGGACUUCGGCGGUCGAUGCCCCCCGUCUCGCCGGAGAAACCGCCUCUCCUCGCGGGGCUUCUUUCCGCCGUUGUGCUUUCGAAGACGCGCCUACAUGCGGCUCACCACCCUGGGGUGCCCGCCCGCUGCGCUUUCUCGCCGCCACGCUCCAGUAUCUCGAGUUUGACUGGGGUCGCGGAGAUCCAGGAGGGCGCCUGGGCGGUCGACGGCUCCUGCGGAAAUGGCUGCAGCUGCUUCGCGCCGCUGAGGCGGAAGUGGUGAAGUGCGUCGCUCUCGCGGUGGAGCAGACCCGCGGCGAGCAGAGAUCUGCCGAAGGCGCGCGGGUCCCGGCAGCGAGCGAAGGACGCGAAGAAGACACCUGCGAGUGGCACCUCGCUUUCGAAGAGACUGACGAGCCGAGGGAGACGGCGCGCGAGGAGGGCGGGGGACGCGCUGAAAACGAAGCCGGAGCUGACGCGCAAGCGCGCAGCGAAGAAGGAGAAGGACGCGAGGGAGGGAGUGUGUCUGUUUCGCGAUACAGGCUCUGCGAGUCACGGAGGAGUGGGGGAUGCGAAAGUUAUUUUUCUGUCCUUCCUCUCGCCAACGGCAUUCUUCUCGAGGUCUGCGAGAGGCACAGCGCGCAGAUCAGCGCCGCGAUUCGUGGGAGGGUCUUCCGCGCGCUUUAUCCUCUCUUCGCGUCCGCAGCCUCGCUUCUCUCGAACCCGCAGCGGGACCACGACGCCCCAGCCGUUUGCGGCGACGGAACCAGCUCGCGCCAGGAAGAGGAGGCGGAGAAGACCGAGCGCAACGCUGAGGGAAGGCCUGCAUACGCGUUCCCUUGUGAGCCGAAAAGACUGAGAGCGAGGGCGUAUUUCGGCGGGAGUCUCAUCAGCGCGACAAAGGAAGAGCUGUCUUCCGCUAAGAAAAACGUUUUCGGAGUCGCGCGUGCGCCGGUACCGGCAGAAAAAGGAGACACGUCUCGAGGCAGAGAUGGUGAGGGGGAACCGGUGGCAAGGAGACAAAAAACGCUCGUGCCUUCGCAGUCAGAGGCAGAGGAACCGGCAGAGAGAGGCUUAAAGUGGCGCGAAGGGGAGGAGAGCGGCAGCAGGGGAACCGGAGGGAAUUCUCUUGACCGUCCUCAUCUUUCAGAGAAUUUUGCUCUUGUAAAAAUCCGCGUCGGGAGAUCGUGGCGGGAUCUCGGCGAAGCCCAGGAGCGGCUGUGA